UCAGAUGUGAUAAGUUCCUUUCUGGAUUCUGGAAAUAUUCGUUUUUAGGUGUUCUACAGAGGGAAAGAUCUAACACAUCAUCUAAAACCAUUAAUUCCAUUCGACUAUCAAAUCUUCCUUUUGUGUACUGGAAAAACCAUUUCAUUAUGUUGUGUUAAUACUUUAUGGCCACUUUCCUCAUGGUUGAGAGGAUCACCUUAUGGAGUAUGACAGCAGAACCUGAUAAUGAUGGAACAUUGAUGUGGCAUCUAACAGCCAGGCCACUCUUUAAAUAUAAAGUCUGCAAGGGAACAAAGCAGCUUGUCCCAGAUUUCCACAACAACAACAAAACCUUUCAAAUAGUCGUUAUUCACGUAGAAAUGUAUUUGAAUAAAGGCCAUGAAAUUUAAAAUUGCUGUGCCAUAUUUGAGGCUGGCUGGCAGCCUGAGUUUUACAAACCAUUGUGUCAUGGAAGUCAAGGACGUGGUGCAGGCUGUGCCCACACGCUGACUGCCACGGCUCCUGCAAUGCUUAUGUAAGAGCACUCACUCAGAGAUGAGAGCUGGUCAACUCUUCUUCGUUUAUGGAGAAUGUUACGUGCUAGAGAGUACGUUUUUCUUCUUCCCAAACAUUAUCGUCCUCAUAAUCCUUCCGUGGGAAGGAAAGCUUCCAUUCUUUAGAACAGGUCCCAGGGCUGUGGUGCUAAAUGACUCAGAACCAGAGACCCCAGGUCUGCGCCGUCUAUGUUGUCUCUCCGUUUCCCCACCCCACUGGGCAUACGGUGAGAGACUGCACAUCCCUCCUUCCUCACUUCACUAGGAGGCUGCUUUUUUGUAGAUUUCUUCCCAGCCCAGGCUUUUAUUCCAAGAGACAAAGGGAAAGUUGGCUGACCAUGAGCUAAAACAUUUCCACAGGUCUUCAUUUAUAAUGUUGUGAUCCAGCUGUCUCAUUUUCCUUUCUCAAAAAUCACCUUCCGAGGACAGUGAUUCUGAGGAGGAAAAAAAGCAGCAAAAUCCCCACGUGGCUUUAGGGGUCACCUGAAAUGAGAGUCUGCUGGCGCUGCCCCGAGACAGGUCAAGGCUAUGCAUUUAAGAUGAAGUCUGUUUCUUCUUUUCCUCAAACCUUAUCUGUUUGGGAGCAACAGCCCAAGAAGCGUCAUCUUGAAACACACUCAUUUGAUUUCAUUUCCGCAGUGCCACCUCCAGCCUCAUUCCACACUGCCACAAUGCCUAAACACAUACAGCCUGGGUCACCCUGAGCGUUAGACAGCUACUGUUAAAUAAAACCAGAGAGAAAGAAGAUACUCCAGUUUUUAAAACUUCAAUAAGGAAAUGAGAAUUAACUUUCUAACAGUGCACAUACUCUGUUGUUUCAGAGUAGAUGUAAUAGUGAAAUGAAAUUUGUGUAGCUGUGAUUUUAAAUUAAGGAGUACCCUGGAAAUGGUACUAAGCUAUAAUAUUUAGGGGGAAUACUUAAGGAAGAAGAUAUUUAGUUGUGAAAUGUCAACUAAGGACACAAGGUUUCAUUUCCUUGUUUUCUCCUAUUCUUCCAAGGCCACUUAAAAGAUCAGAUGCUUUGACCAAACCUUCUGAGCCUCAUUUCCUAUAAACUCUCCUGUCAACGUUGAGGCUCGUGGUGGGGUUUUGGUCUGAAAGAAGGCAAUCUUCAGGAAGUAAAAACCUACUUUUAAAAUAUUUACCCUGUAAAAUGAUAUUAACAAGAGGUCUGGUAGCCGGCUGCGAGAUUUACCCACUGAAUUGCUGAUAUCAGAGUGACAUUGGCUAUGCCUCCAGCCCCACUCCUAGAAAAUGAUACAGACUGGGGUAGCAGAGAAGGUAGCUUUAGAAAAAUCAGCCAACUUCAGCUGAAUCUUUGACCUGCACCUGUCAAAACUGUAGGACUAAGAGAGACCUUAAAAGUUCCUCUAGACUUUCUAGAAGGAACUACCUAUCUACUGGUACUUUACUUGGGAUGGCCUUUUAUGAUAUUCUAAGCAAGAUUAUGGAAAACGUUAUCACAUCUUAACUCAAGACCUCCUGGAGAAGUAGGAAAGGUAGGCAUCACUGUUGUGCAAAUGAGAAAAAUGAAAGAUCAGGACUAAACUGUGGGCUUGCCCAAGUAAGUGGCAGAUAGGAACUCAUUAUCCAAAGCAUAAUUUGUCUCUUCCUACCACAGUUGAGAAAACCAAGGACACAGUUCAGGCUUGGAUUCUAGUCAGUUUUCUGUCACUGUCUAGCUAUGUACCCCGAGUAAAUCGCCAUGUCUUUGCAUGUCAGUUUUCUCAUCUGCAAAAUGGGAAUAAUUCCUGCUUUACCUGCCCUGCAAAGCAGUCAUGAGGAACACACAAGAUGACAGUCUUUGCCUUAUCUGCCCAUGCUGAAAAGAAAUUAUGUUUACAUUUGAUCCUUCCUACCAAAAGCCCUUGCUUGUCUUCUAAUUACACAUGUGACUUUUGUCAAAUCAAUUAGCUUCUUUAUUUCUCUGUUUCCUCUGCUACACUUAGGAGGUUGUACUUGAACAUUUUAAAUAGUUUUUCCCUUCCAAUCCGUGAGGCUUCUGUCCUAGUUUUCUUUUCUAUGCUACCUCUGCGACUCUUUGCUAUAUUCCCCAAAGAUGAACGGCUGGAACAUUUAUGUGCUGUAAAAAGCUAGGUAUUGCCAAAACAGUGUAACACAUUUGCAGUCCCACUGCGAUUCUUCUUCUAAUUCUUCUUUUUUUUUUUUUUUCUUUUCUUGAGGAUGGUCAGAAACCUGUAGCAGCCUAAUGGAAUUAAAAUCACCAGGCAAUGCAAAAUGAGGAGUAGGAGUCGAAUUAUUUUAGGAACUACUAAGACACCAUCCCUAGCCUACUCAAGAACUCACUAGGACUCAUUAGACUGCGCGUCACCCAACAGGGACAGCCCUCUCUGAAGUGUCCCCACCUUAACAAGGAUCAUUAGUGCUGUUCAGCUCCAGCCACAGUGGCAAAUGUCAACCCCUCCAAGAAUCAGCUGCUUAAUGAGAUUUGGAGAACAGAAGGAAAAGGCAAGUUCUCCAGAUAAAAUGCAGGGCAGAGUUUAGGAAGAGAAAGCUAGAGGCAGAGUGAAUGUUUUCCUGUUCGUUUUGCACCACAAUGGAAGCAAGAUUUAGAAAUGCACAACAAAAUUAUCUAGAGCCAUGCAGAGCUAGGAAGAGCAUCUUUUCUGGACUAGAAGAAAGAUUUAUCUAUCAGGAGGGAUCCUCUUGUCUCACAGCCUGAACACAGUGAAGAGAUUUUCUUUGCACCUGGCUAAGAAGAAAUGGUCCCCCCUCCACACCCCUUAAAACACAAUACCCUACACCCACCCAUCCACCAAGUCCCAUUAUCUCCCACCACACACUAAACUCAUUUUUUCCUCCAUUGCUUUACGGUUCAGCAUACUUCCAUGUCUAUCAUGCUGGUCCACGCAUAACACCAUGAGAAGAUGAAGCAGGUGUUGGACCAUUUUACAGAUAAGAAAAGUGAUGCUCAGAACACGUAGCUCCUUAGAGAAACACAGCACCUAGGGUACUGUAGACAGAAAAUAAAAGUUCAUUUUUAUAUCGUCAUUUGUAAUAUAAAGACAUAAACAUGACUGAUUCCUAGGGGAGCUAUUUCAUCUUGUUUCCUCCCUGUCUCAGUGCACACCUGAUCCCCUGCUGCCUUUGAGAAAUAAGAAGUUUUGUUGUGCUGAUUUCACAGCCUGUGAACUCUGCAAACACGAUCGUGAAAAAAUGCCAAUCUGUCCUGUGUAAGCCCUGUGUGAAGUGUUGACUGUAAUCUACCAGAUCACUGCUUCACCCUCCAUAAAGAUGUCUGAACCUGAUGCUUCCUCGGGAUUUUCGGGAAGUGUGGAGAAUGGAACUUUUCUUGAGCUGUUUCCCACAUCCCUGUCCACGUCAGUGGACCCAGCCUCAGGCCACCUGUCAAACGUCUACAUCUAUGUGUCCAUAUUCCUCAGCCUUUUAGCGUUUCUGCUUCUGCUUUUAAUCAUUGCCCUCCAGAGGCUCAAAAAUAUCAUCUCCUCCAGUUCCUCCUACCCAGAGUAUCCAAGCGACGCUGGAAGUUCUUUCACCAAUUUGGAAGUCUGCAGCAUUUCCUCACAGAGGUCCACUUUUUCAAACCUUUCAUCCUGAGGAAAAUGGAAGAGUCCUGGAGUGUGGCAGUAAUUUUGACGUCCCCUUACGGAAGUGUCGCGUGAAGCGUUGUCUCAUGAAAGAAAUGACCCUUUUGGCGUAGACCUGCUUCUCCUUCUCCUUUUUCCCUGAUUUCUUUUCUGUUCAUGAUGCUUUUCAUUUGGGGAUGGAGACGCCAAUGUUGGUGGAAAUGUGUGCAAACCCCAAGGUGCGGAGUUUCACACAAAUGGCUUGAUGAACCUAGACUGGGCUUCUUCGGGUAGGUCAGUUCAUUCCACUUUGUUGGGCGUCGUAGACUCAUCUGAGGUGGCCUCUCUGUGGAUGAUGGACAUGGACUCUUGCACUUCAUUUCUUUUACAAAACCGUGAAAUCAACUGAGCCUGCAGAAACUGGCAAAAUCAAGUCUGACCUACGUAGAAGUUAUUUUCCAUAUUUAAAAGAUAAAGUGGAGACACCAAAUUUAAAAAGGAAGAGAGUCAAUUUAGAUUUAAUGUGUAACAUUUCUAAAACUAAGGGUAAAUAUAUGCUAAAUAUUUUCUUUAACUUCACUUUAACAAGUGAAAAUCACACUUAUUGAUGAAUGUAAGUCAUUUGGAAAAGUUUUGGAAGAGUUUACAUUUUAAUAGCAAGACAAACAUGUAUUAUGAUGGAGCUUUUAUUUUGUUUUUCUGCUAAUGUUUUAGUCAUACUGCCCCAAAGUUGUGGAAUUUUUGUGAUUAAUUGCUGUUACUAGUACUAAGAGAACCACCAGAAGAGAUGCCAAGAAGUUUUUAUAUGAAUAAUUUCUACCAGUGAGAAUUAAGCAUAUGGAAAAGAUUCAUUUAGUUGUAUUUUAUACAGUAAUAACUCUUAGCUGUCGUGUAAGUUCCUUUAUUCAAUUUCAUAGUCUUUAUAAUUUUAGUGCAGAAUUAUAUUAAGCCUCCAAGAUGUCUGAUAUUGUUCACUCACAUUAGGUUGCAAAACUUAGAAACAAAAUUGAAAAUAUGUGUUAUUAUAUACUCCACGAAUGUUGCGUCUCUGAUAAUUAGUUGUUGUAUGUUAACAUAAUACUCUACAUCAGGAUUUCAGGAUGUGAGUUUGUAUUAAAAACUUAGGCACUCAAGUUGUGUAGCUGCUGGGAGCUUUAGGGAUCCUAGGAGCUGCCGUGCUGCAGGCAGCAGAGUAUGUCUGAACUCGGCGGGCGGGUGGCAGGGGCUGUCUGUGAAAUGAGGCACACAUGUGCGCUCCGACAUGGAAUGUGGAGGAACUCAAGCUGCCCCUGAAAACAAAACAAUCAAACUGCAGCUCCUUAAGAGUAAGAAUUUUAAUUUAAUUUUGAAAAUAAAUGGCCCACAGGAUAAACACUGAACUUACUCAACCUACAGGAGGCCACUGCAUCAACACGCCACGGUCUUCCCAUGGCAACCGAAUCAUUCCUUGUUCAAAACAUUUAAUCAUCUUAAGCAGUGGGGCUUCAACACACGCUUUGGUUGAAUUGUGCAGUCAGCACUCUCCAGGGACUAGAAUGGGGGAAAGAAUCCACUAUUUGCACAGGGUUUAUCUUUAUCAUUCUAAAAUGCUGAGCGAGUGGAGAUCUGGGAACGAAAAUCGGAAGGCUGCUGCUUCUUUCAAUGCAUAAGCCUCACUGAAAUCAGACCACAUUUAACUAUUUAUAUAUCAAAAACGUCCCCAAACACCAUAAGACCAGUACAGAGUUGCUGCCCUAAAAUGUAUAAUUAGUGAAAAAUGUACCUCUGCUUCCAUUUAAAUCAUGGCAGUGGGUUGGGUGUCAUUAUGUAGUAUAAAAACUGGACUAGAUAAACUGCUAUUUUAGAGCAUUAUUAGCAUUCUCUGAAUAUAUAUGUGUAUAUAUAUAUUUAUAUAUAUGCUCAUAUACUCCCAAUUAAAAGUCAUAUGAAAGCCACACAGGAUUAACAGAGGCAUCUAUAUUAUCACUUUUGCUCUUUGACUAAUCUUAUGCUGUUUUGGUUAUAGAGAGAAAAAAGGACAUGGGUGAAGUGAUUUUUUUUUUUUAAAUAAAAGGACAAAUUUGCCACACAACAGAACAAUCUGAGUAUGAUCUGUCCUUGGGGUAUCUUUAUAUCCUUUCCUUGUGAAAUAGAUAUAAAGACUUCUGACAGCAAAACUACUUUAAAAAUCAAAUCAAAUCAAAUCUACAAGCACAUUCCCAUGCCUCCCCUGCUGCAAUGGUUCUUGCUCUCAAUGUUUAGUAGAGAAAUUAAGAGCCACAUUCAAAGAUGGAAAACAAGAUUUGUCAUUAGAAGCUUGCCAAGGUAACAGAUUGUACAACUUGAGAUGAAUUCAUGUUGUUUAAGAAGUUCAGAAAGGUUGGAAGAUGGGUUUAUAAAUAAAGAAGUGGAGUCCAUUGAAA